AAAACAUAUGUCUUAAUACAAAUGCUGACACAUCGUCCUCUUUGCGUUGCACUCGUUUUUGUGAAAAGUAUCAGAAAAAUCCUGCAAAAAAUUUAUAAAUAAUUCAAAGAGUUUGCCUUUAACGGUGCAGCAAAAAGCGUGUUGGUUUUACUUGGAACAAUUUAAUCGCAAAAGGAAAAAAAGAUCAAUAACGUAAGCGAACAAUAUUAAUAGAUGGUCAAGAUGAAGUUAACCAUAAAAACGUUGGAUCAAAAAACAUUCUAUGUUGAAUUUGAUGACACACGUACAGUAUGGGAUUUGAAAUCCCAUUUGCAUAAAUUACCGGAAGUAGGUGUUCAGCCAGAAUUGCAACAACUUAUCUAUGCCGGACGCGUAUUGGACAAUGACAACGCAUUAAAAACAUAUAGCAUUGAUGAGCGAAAAUUUUUGGUGGUGAUGGCCAAAAAGGCACCGCCAUCGGCAGCAGCAAAAGAAGAAGUAGCGGCAAUUAAAACUGCAAAACCAAGCGAACAAACACGUGCCAGCCCCUCUGCGGCAGCUGAAACCAUAAAGAAGACUGAAGAGCCGAAACGUCAGGAAAAGGCCAAAACGCCACCCCCGGCUGCCCAGGCAGCUGCACCGCCUGCAGCCACACCGGCCGCAACCGAAACACAACCUCUGGCAUUAGAUCAAGAACUGCAACAAAAUCCUCAACAUCGUAAUAUUCUUGAAGCAAUGGAUUUCUCACCCACAGCAGCCGCUAGCGAAAGUCUAGUUCAAGAAAUCAUGAGUAUGGGUUAUGCUGAGGCAGAUGUGCGCCGCGCUUUGUUGGCCAGUUUCAAUAAUCCAGAUCGCGCUAUCGAAUACUUGAUUGAAGGUAUUCCCGAUUUUCCUGAAGCAUUGCCACCACUUCCAACAAUUCAGCCGGAUGUCAAUCCAGUUAGCGGCGUAACUGUAGCUGGCAUUGGUAGCGGCGGUGGUGGUGGUGGUGGCGGUGGCGGCGCUGGUAGCCCUCUUAAUUUUUUACGUGAAGACCCACGUUUUAUACAAAUGCGUCGCGUUAUACGUCAGCGCCCCGAAUUAUUGAGUAGUGUCUUGGCACGCAUUGGAGAAACAAAUCCAGUGUUGUUAAGCAUUAUACGCGAGCAUCAAGAUGACUUUGUCGCCAUGCUUAACGAGCCGGAAGAUGAGGGUAGCGAAGAAGUACCGUCUGAAGGUCAUGAAGCACAAGAAAUCUCCCUAACUGAAGAAGAAAGCAAUGCUAUUGAACGCUUGGUAGCUUUGGGUUUCCCGCGACAGAUAGUUUUGCAAGCCUAUAUAGCGUGCGAGAGGAAUGAAGAGCAGACCGCUGAUUUCUUAUGUCGACAUAUGGAAGAUUAAUAUGUUCAUACCAAUCACAGCAACUUCAGAGCAUAGUAGUGAAGAAUGUUUAAAAACACAAUACAGUAUAUAAGAGAUUCAACACUAAUAACCCUAAUAAUUUGUUGCUGUUGCUGCUGCUUAGAUAUGUAU